AUGCACCCUGCCCCACUGUCGCACCAUCCACAACGAAAGAGGAAGCACGAGAAUAGACUGUGCCGCUGCACCAUCUCCUUAUAUGCCGGCAGCACGUCGCCGUCCGCCUGGCUCACUCUGCUGGUCGUAUUGCUGUCCUGCACUUGUCUGCUCCGCCCCGUUUCCGCUGCACAAUCACAUGCUCAUCGGUUUUGCAUCCUCGACGACCCUCUCGCAUGGGAAAGAUCGUCACUGCGCCUCGAUACCCGUCCGCCACCCAUAAUCCCGCUGUUGAUGCCUCCCGUACUCGCCAUCGAAUAUGCCACUAAAACGCUUUCCGCACCGCUAUCCAAACGAUCCCUCGCCACCGCUUCGAGCACCUCUGCCGCCGAUUUCCCACUGCCUAAGCCUUUCGACACGGGCCUGUCCAACAACUUCACAAGCUCCUGUGCCAAUUUCAUGAACAACUGGCUCCAGAGCGAUGCGCUGAACAGCUGUCACCCCUUCUCCUUGCUGCUGCAGACAUCGAGUGGCUUCUUCGACGCGUCCAAAUCUUUUUUUCGCAUCACUCAAACGCUCGAGGCAACCUGUGCUGCGAGCGAAUCUCAGUGCACCGGAAUCCUAGAUGGCUUUGCACGAGAGCUCCUGUCUGAUACAGCAUGCAGGACCGAUUACAACAACGACAAUCCGCUUGUGCUACAGGCAUACAACGGCCUGGUAGCAUACAAGCCCUCAUACCAAGCAAGUUGCCUGCGUGACGAGGAUGGAAAUUACUGCUUUGCAAAUGCAGUGAGCAACUCAUCUUCCACCACCGACAGUUAUCCUUUCUAUCUACCCAUUGGCCAGGAACUACCUGGAGGCUCACGGCCCACCUGCAACUCGUGCCUGCAAGACACCAUGGCCAUCUACGCCAGCUUUGCCAACAACGCUACCCAGCCGCUCAGCAAAACGUACACUUCAGCUGCGCAGCAGCUCUCCAUAUCCUGCGGUUCGAGAUUUGUAAACAUCACCGCCGCGCCACUCAAAGGAGCUGCCGCACCAGCAUCGAGUGCAUCGCUCACACCAACGUUCGCCCUAAUGCUAAUCUUUGUUCUCUUUCUCUUCCCAUCAUAG